CUCCCCUACUAGGAGUGAGGAGAGGAGAGGAGAGGAACGAGAGAAAGCAAAGAGAGCGUGCAGCCAGAUGUUUGAAAGAGGACAGGGAAGCUGUUUUCGUCUCGUUUCAAACACCUGUCGUCGGGAGGUGAGUGUUCACUUCCUCAUUCCUCUGAGAACAAACGUGACAUCACGGUUCCACUUCCUGUUUCUCUGAGGUGAGACGGCGUGAAGCAGAAGCAGCUGAUCAGAGCAGCAGCUGGAGUUUGGAUAAAUCAAAUCAGAGGAGAUGUGGCGCUCGGUGCUGCCCCUGCUGGUCGGUCUCAGUCCUGCAGUUCUGCUUCUGCUGCAGCUUCCUGACUUCACCGUGACACAAGGCCCUCACCUGGAGGACUACAAAUAUGGCCGCCAAGGCUCCGAGUGGCACGACAAAAAGCCCUUCUGCUCGUGGAAAUGUAUCCUGCUCACCCUGCAGUGGCCCGCAGGCUUCUGUCAGUCUCUGAACAACGAGUCCCUGUGCAUGAUUCCUGAGACCAUCAACAACUGGACCAUCCAUGGCCUGUGGCCUCAGAGGGCGUUUGGCUGCUGCGACUGCUGGCCGAUGUUCCGCUCAGACAUCCAGGAGCUGGAGGCGGAGCUUCAUGAGCACUGGCCGUCUUUACUGACCACAAGAUCCAGCUUCUACUUCUGGAAAGAGGAGUGGGAGAAACAUGGAGCAUGUGCAGCCUGUGUUGAAGGGAUGAACUCUCCUCUGCAAUAUUUCAAGAUCAGCCUCAAACUACGACGACAGUUUGAUAUACACAGCGUGUUGGAGGCGGCCAGCGUCACUCCGUCAUGUGAACGACCAUAUAAGGUGUCAGAGGUGAAACAGGUUCUGGCUCCACACCUGGGACAGGACCACAUAAUCCAGUGUGUCACAGACCACAAGGACAGGGAGGUGUGGUUCCAGGUGAAGAUCCCUCUGUCCCACAACCUAACCAUGGGGUGUGUCCACCACGAUGGAGACUCUGGAGACCACCACCCCCCGCCCUCUGGACAUCCCUGCCCUCCUGAUGACCCUUUCUACUACUUCCCCAUCGACCACCAGCGGCCUCAGAGACCGUGUGACUGACCGGGCCACGACUGGAGACUCCUUCACCGCCGCUGCAGCAGACCCUCUUCAUGGCCUCAGAUGGAGGAUUUCCCGUCUUUUGUUUCUCUGUUCUCAUGUUUUCACACAAAUAAAGAACGAAGGCUGAACUCAA